CGAUAGUCAAUUGCAUGAAGUCGGAUUCACUGGAUUAGCUCCAUUAGGGUCCUCUCGUCUCGUUACUCGAGACCGAACUUGUCCUUUUCCAAAGCUCUGAAAAUGUUUCACUGAGCUCUAAGCUGACCGCUGAGAGAAGAGACGCUCAGAAUCAGAACAACUCUCUCGUUUUCUCCGACUCCAAAGUUAGCUAUGGACUAUAGUUCUGGAGAUGACUCUGAUAUCAGUGAGUCAGAGAUCAAUGAAUACAAAGAAAAACCUUAUGAAGACCUAAGGGACGGGACAUAUAAAGUAAAGGUAAGUGGAAACUUAAGAUGCCCCUUUUGUGCUGGGAAGAAAAAGCAGGAUUACAAAUACAAGGACCUGCUUCAACAUGCUUCAGGGGUUGGUAAAGGAUCUGCCAACAGGAGUGCGAAACAAAAGGCAAAUCACCUUGCCUUAGCAAAGUAUCUGGAGAUUGACCUAGCCAAUGAGGCAGAGCCAAACCUACGACCAUCUUUAUCUCAACCUCCUGUUAAAACUCCAAAGGAAGUUGAGCUCUAUGUGUGGCCUUGGAUGGGAAUUAUUGUUAACAUUGUGGCUGACACAAAGGAGAAAAUGGUCAUGCUUGAAAAGGAGUAUUGGUUAGAAAAGUUUUCCAGAUACCAGCCUUCAGAUGUUCAGAUAUUCUGGAGUGAACAAGACCUACCAGGGCAGGCCAUAGUGAAAUUCAAUAGUGAUUGGAAAGGUUACCUCAUCGCAACGGAAUUUGAUAGAGCAUUUGAAGUGGAGAAUCAUGGCAAGAAGCAUUGGAGUGCACAAGAAGCAAAUCCUGGUUCAGAUGUUUAUGGCUGGUCUGCACGUGCUGAUGAUUAUCAGUCUGAGGGCCCAAUGGGAGAGUACCUUCGAAAGGAAGGAAAAUUAAAGACUAUUGCUGAGAUUCAACAAGAAGGCAAUGAGGAUAGGAAUAGUGUUGUGGAAGAACUGGCUAAUACAAUUGACUUGACUAAUCAAAAUCUCGAUGAAUGGAAGUACAAGUACAAUGAGAAGACCAUGACAUUGAGCAGGAUGGUUGAAGAGAAGGACAAACUACACCUUGCUUUUCUGGAAGAGACAAGGAAGGUGCAGAGGCAUGCACGUGACAGUGUCCGAAGAGUCUUGGAUGAACAGGAAAAGCUAAACUAUGAACUUGAAGCAAAGAAAAGGAAACUUGAUAGCUGGAGCAAAGAAUUAAACAAGCGUGAAGUGCUAACAGAGCGUGAGAGGCAAAAGCUUGAUGAAGAGAAGAAAAUGGCAGGGACAGAGCCAGACUUUUAGGUGAGGGGGGGGUGAAAUCUUAAAAUUUUUUAGAAUUAUAAUAAGUUUAUAUCAAUAUAAUUUAUAUUAAUUU